GUACGCGAGGUGGUCUGCGACUGUGUUUCUCCGCACGACAGGCACAGCGUGUACCCGUCGCCAUCCGCCUCCCUGCUUGGUGCGUUGUGUGCUUCCCGACCUUGCGCGUACUUACUGAAUACUGUAUGACAUGAACAGAUAGUGCCGAUUAUUGCUAUGACAACAGCUUUACAGACAGAGGAAUGUAGUACAUGGGUGUGAAGAUACAGUGGCACGGAAUAAAAAAUAUCUAAAAGAGUGGUCGUAGCAGUGAUUUUAACAGUGAAAGAGAAACCUAUCUGUCGUCGCCGGAGAGCCAGGGACCCACAACACCUGGCUAAAAGCUCCUCGAGACAUCACUAAGGAAGAGAGCCGAAGUUCGGACCCAGACUCGGGUUCCUCAGCCUCCGACGCCACGUUAGGACAAAAUGGGGUUCAGCGCGAUGGAUGGCUUCUUCUUGGCUGUCUUCCUGGCGGUGUGCAUCCUGGCGGCGGUGAUCCUGCGAUGCAUCUGCUACCGCUGCUGCCUCCAGUCCUGCUCGCAGAAGGCGCGCCAAAACAACGGCGAGAUGAUCCUUCCCCGCCACACUACACCCACCAUAACGCCCGCGCGCCCACAGCCGUAUUCCCAGGUGGACGGCACCCAGCGGGCAGCAGUGCCUCCUCAGUCCCGCGCCGUCUUCACCAUAUACACGUUCCCUCAGCACGAGUCCCCCGAGCUGGAGAGGACGCCCCCCCGCACCCCGGGCCCCCCGAAGUACUCCUCCCUCCCCGCCGACGCCCCGCCCAAGUACGAAGAUCUCUUCCCCCAGGCGGACUUUACCUUCCCUUCGAAGACUCCGUCGCCGAGGAUAGCUCCUCCCACUCAAGGCACCAUCGACCUGCAGCCGCUGCGAUCCUCCCCGCAGCAGAACACCUUAGUUCCUCUCGCGCCUCCUCCUGUGGCGGUCCCCCCUCCCCCAGUCUCGCACUUCCCUGCACCCAGAGUGCCUUCCUCUGCUCCCUCUCCUGCCCUGCCUCCGUCCUCCCCGGCCUCCCAUUCGUCUUCCUCCUCCCUCUCUGAUCCCUCAGCCGAAGGAGUCCCACGAGAGGCGCCGCCGACGUACACAGCAGUUCCCCCUUCCAGGGACGGAGAGUGAGAAGGACGGACCAGCGCCCAACGGUGUUCUCAGCUUUCUUCUGGGCAUUGAGUGAUCUCACGGUUGAUCAUUACCCCAUUUCGUAACUGCCAAUGUUCAUUAAUAUUAACGGGAAAAAUGUCUUUCUGGCCAAGGACUAAAGUGCUUAUUGUGUGAGCAGGAACGUGAUGUAACACCGUGCAAAGUACCUCGGAGACACACGAAGUGAACUGAAAGUGUGCCAGGUUAUGCCACGACCUGCUCAAAUGAUGACACUGAAUCUUCAAGGAGGAAUCUCUGAACCUCAUACAUGGAGUUCCUUUGUGGUAGAGGACGGGAAUUUGACUGCUCAAGAGGACUCGAUUUGCUGUCGUUUGUUAUCAUGUUUUCGUUACCAAGGUUUAGUAAUACGGAAAACUAAUAUGUUAUUUCUGUUGAUCGGAACCACAUUGGGAUAUCAAGUAAUUAUUGGCCUUGAGCUUGGAAACAGAUCAAGCCUCACUGAUUCUCGUGGAAUAUCAAACAGAAUAUGUGUCCGGUCCGCACUCGCCAAGACAGUUUCCAAUACUAUUUUUAUUUAUGAUCAGUUAUUCCCAGACUCCUUUCUGUCUAUCUACUUAUCUAUUUAUCAACCUCUCUCAAUCUCUCCAUGGGGAAAAAUCUUUCUGACUUUAAUGCAUAUAUGGACAUUGAGACAUACACAAUACUUACUAACACGAAAUCUAAAUAUUGAAACUUACAUUUCUGUAAAAGAGAACCGGUCAUUAUGCCGGCUUGUCCGAAGGGUUCCAAGGUGCUAACUUCUUGUCUUUCUGUGGAAGGAAAAGUUAAACACGAGCGUCUCCCUAAAUGUGAAUCUAGUAGCAUUGUUGUAAUGGCGCGCUUCCAGUGAUAUACAGCUAAUCAUUCCAGUUAGAAAUACAUUUGAAAAUCGUCGUUCUAUUGGGCACUUGUCUUUGCUGUUUUUCUCUGCAUUCAGUCUGUAUAUGUGUACUGAUACACACACACGUCUGUGUAUGUGUGUAUAUAU